AUGCAAAAGAUUCCUUAUUCUUCGGUUGUUGGGAGUCUUAUGUAUGCUCAAGUAUGUAAGCAUCCAGAUUUGGUGUACAUAGUGGGUAUGUUGGGUAGAUACUUAAGUGACCUAGGCAUGGAUCAUUGGAAAGCAACCAAACGGGUUAUGAGGUACUUACAAAGAACAAAGGAUUACAUUCUCGCCUAUCGUAAGUCAGAAAAUUUGGAGGUCAUUGGGUAUUUUAACUUUGAUCUUGCGGGUUGCCAAGAUGCUAAAAGAUCCACUUCUAGCUAUGUAUACAUGUUGUCAGGAGGAGCUAUAUCCUUGAGAAGUGCUAAGAAGUUACUCAUAGCUCCUUCCAACAUGGCAACAAAGUUCAUAGCUUGUUAUGAGGCAACCAAUCAUGCAAUAUGGCAGUGGAAUUUUUUCACUAGGCUGUGA